ACCCUUUUGCAUUUGAUUCAAUUUUGUUGACUUAUUUGUUAAUUUAGUAUUGAUUUAAGUAUUGAUUUCGGUCUAUAGUUAUAGAAUAUAAUAACUGAUGUACAAUGAUUAUUUUAUUAUCAUUGCAGAUGUUGUUUGAUAUCGCUCAAGAUUAUUUAAAAUUAGAGAGAAUAGAAAUAGCUGGCUUAAAAGGGAAAUCGUUACGUUCUAUGGUGGAUGAGAUUUACGAAGAGUUUAAGAAAUUAUAUGAUCAAUUUGGAGAGUUGACCGAAUUCGUUUUGAUACCGGAGGAUCCACAAUUUACCGAAGUGUUGGGAACAUUUUUGGAGAAAGUAAAUUAGCCUUUUAUUAUAAACAAGGCCGAUA